CCGCGCCCGCCCGCCAGCCCGUCCGCCCGCGGCGGGGCCGGCCCUUCUCCCGCCCACCGGCCCCGCGCUCGCCGCCCGGCUGCCCGCCGCUCGCCGCCCGCCGCCCCGGCCCGCCGCGCGCGCUCCAUGGCUGCUCAGGAGUGGGACUGGUUCCAGCGCGAGGAGCUCAUCGGCCAGAUCAGCGACAUCCGUGUGCAGAACCUGCAAGUCGAGAGGGAAAAUGUGCAGAAGAGGACUUUCACACGAUGGAUAAACCUACACCUCGAAAAGUGCGACCCACCUCUAGAAGUUACAGACCUGUUUGUUGAUAUCCAAGACGGCAAAAUCCUAAUGGCUUUGUUAGAAGUCCUCUCUGGGCGAAAUCUGCUGCAUGAAUAUAAAUCCUCAUCACAUCGUAUUUUUCGGUUGAACAACAUAGCAAAAGCACUUAAGUUCCUGGAAGAUAGCAAUGUCAAGCUGGUUAGCAUUGAUGCAGCAGAAAUAGCGGAUGGCAACCCCUCGCUGGUUCUCGGGCUGAUAUGGAACAUCAUUCUCUUCUUCCAGAUAAAAGAGCUCACGGGCAACCUCAGCAGGAGUUCUCCAUCUUCCAGCUUGUCACCUGGCUCGGGGGGCACAGACUCCGACUCCUCCUACCCACCCACCCCCACCACAGAGAGGAGUGUGGCGGUAGCAGUGAAAGACCAGAGAAAGGCCAUCAAGACCCUGCUGGCGUGGGUGCAGAGGAAAACAAGGAAGUAUGGCGUGGCGGUCCAAGACUUUGCGGGCAGCUGGAGGAGUGGGCUGGCUUUCCUGGCUGUCAUCAAAGCUAUUGACCCCAGCCUGGUGGACAUGAAGCAGGCUCUGGAGGACUCCACCCGGGAAAAUCUAGAGAAGGCCUUCAGCAUUGCACAUGAUGUUCUUCACAUCCCCAGGCUCCUGGAGCCGGAAGAUAUCAUGGUUGACAUGCCGGAUGAGCAGUCCAUUGUGACUUAUGUGGCACAAUUUCUAGAACGCUUUCCGGAGUUGGACCCUGAAGAUUUUGUGAAUCCAGACAAAGAAGCUCCCAUCGAGUCCACCUUUGUCCGAAUCAAAGAAAGCCCUUCUGAACAGGAAAGCCGAGUCCUUCUCCUCAGCGAGAAUGGAGAGCGGGCCUACACUGUCAACCAUGAAACCAGCCACCCGCCACCUGCCAAGGUCUUUGUCUGUGACCAGGCUGAGAGUGCCAAGGGCUUCAGUCUGGCUGGUACGUUGGACAGCUCCACAGAGUUUAUAUACCAGAUUAUCGACCAGGUCCUCCCAGGGAGCCCAGGAAAGGCUGGAUCUACCAACGAGCCAGCUCCAGAAUCUUCCAUUUUAUCAACCAGAAAGGAUGGCCGGAGGUCCAACUCUUUGCCAACCAAGAAAACUGUCCACUUUGAGGCUGACUUGCACAAGGAUGCCUCAUGUAGCAAGGACCCUUUCUACAGCUCAGACUUCCGCUUUGAGGGGAGCCCAAAGGCGGCAAAGGACCUGUCAAAGCAGGAUGGCCACGUCUUAUUGGUUGAGGUUGCCAAGGAAAAGAAGCCAGAACAGGAAGCCAGGCCAGUGCUGGAAGCUGCCUCAGACAAGGUCCCUGGAGACGUUAGUGUGGAUGGUAUGUCCCAUGAUGCUCAGUCUCCCCAGGACUCCUCAUUCUAUAAUGGCACUGUAGAGAGUCCAAUCAGCCAAGGUGAGAAAAGCCCCUCUCCCCCGUGCCCUGGAGAUCACACUAUCCUGGCCAACUCCACUGAGCUCAGGAUCCAGCUGCAGACUGCCGAGCCUAUGGACAAAGAUGACUAUUUUGAAGCCAUCCCGCUAAAGGCUUCGAAGUUUAACAGAGACCUAGCAGAUUUUGCCUCCACCAGCCAGGUUUUUGAUAAGGCUCCACCACCCCAUGAGAAGACAUCUGGGGAAGAAGAGGGUUCCGAGAAUCACACUGAGAAACUGGGGAAAAGGAAAUCAAAGUCUCCCCACACAGAGACAGAGUCCACUGACUCCGAAGUGGAACCCCAUGAACUCAAGCCUCCUCCCAAGGGCCCCGAACAGGAAGAUUGUGGCCAUCCUUUGCCUCCAGAAGAAACGCCUGCAGAUAAAAAGCCCGAAGUGUAUGAAAAGGCCAAGAGAAAGUCCACCCGGCACCGCAGCGAGGAAGAAGGAGAAACAGAAGGAGCCGUCUCCGGGGUUGGCGGAGAAAUGGUGUCCAACCCUCCGAGUACCAGUGUCAGCCUGGAGACCCUCAGGAGUCACAGUGAAGAGGGCUUGGAUUUCAAACCUUCCCCACCGCUCUCCAAGAUCUCCGUCAUCCCCCACGACCUGUUUUACUACCCACACUAUGAGGUGCCCCUGGCCGCAGUGCUGGAGGCUUACGCGGAAGGUGGGGAGGAUUUAAAAAGUGAAGACGUAGAGCUGGAGGGGCAGGAAGAGAGCUAUAUGCAAGACUCCAGGGACGAGGAUGAGGAGGCCCACAGCUCCCAAAGCAGCUGCAGCUUCUCCUUGCCUGUUGACAACAGCCACCCCAGCGUCAGUGACCAGGCGUCCCAUGUCGACGGGAACUCUGAGGGGCCCACCUCAGCCUCAGGACCCGUUUCUCUGCCCUCCCAAAAGGACCAGCAACCAAGGGAAACCAAAGAGGAUGGUCCUGGGGAGAGCCAGCAGUCCCAAGAACCCUCAAACCCGGAACUCCCCACAAAGCCGUUAGAAGAAAAGUUAAUGGAGACCUCAACCAGCAGUAAAAAGAAAGAAAAAAGGAAACAUGUGGACCAAGUAGAAAGCUCAUUAUUUAUAGCCCCUGGGACUGUCCGCUCCUCAGAUGACCUUGAAGAAAACUCCUGUGAACACAGGGUCCCUUCCAGGAAUAGUCACAGUGACUCCAGCAUUUACAUUCGGCGACAUGCUAAUAGGUCUUUGGAAUUGGACCACUUUAGCUAUGUUCAGUUGAGGAACGCAGCCGAUCUGGAUGACAGGAGAAACAGAGUGCUAAACAGGUACAAUUCUCAGAAGCUCACUGAGCUGAUUUUACAGUUUUACGGCAUCAGAGCAGACAUGAAGCGGGAAUACAAACAUGCCAGGCUGUCUAUGACUGGCACCAACCCCUCUGGAGAAGCUGUGGCCCUGGGGAGCCAGAGUCCACCCAACGACUCCUUGACACAGUUUGUACAACAGCCCGAUGUGAUCUAUUUCAUUCUCUUCCUCUGGCUCCUGGUUUACUGCUUGCUACUCUUCCCCCAGCUUGAUGUCAGUCGGCUCUGAAACGUGUCUGGAGAAUAAAAAGUCAGGACCCUGGCCAGGGUGGAGUCUUCCUACCGCAUCUUACUGUCUGUUCAGGGUGGAGCCACUUCUAAGAGAUGGAAGACCUCGGAGGGAACGCAGGCCCCACCUCCUGCCGCUGUCUGGUUCAGUCUUUGCUCGAGUUUCCCCUUGAUUCUCUAAGACCCUCAAGCGUGCUUUCCUCCCUCACUGUGUGCUCCAAGCUCAGGUUUGAGGCUGGAUCUGUGGACAGGAUAUCUCCUUAUGUGCCUUGUUUGGUCAGAUGCAAGUCUUUCCUAAUGUGUACCCCAAACCUGGGUCUUAGCAUGUGCACAUGCAGGUUUCUAAGGUCCUGGAGGAGCUUGGGUUACUUACUUUUACCUCAGGGGAGGGUCUGUCUGAUUUCGAGAAGGAACGGAAUCCAUAGUAGGAAGAAAGGAGCCCAAUUUUCCUCCAAGUGUUUGAGUGAAGAUCCUACGACUCCCACGAACCUAUUCCAGUCUGAGGAUCCAUUGCGUUGACUGGGGGGAGUUCAAUAGCUCGUACCUGCCAUCUCCCCAGGAAUUACACCUGGGCGUUAGCAGACUCCAAAGAAGUCACUGGUAUUUUGCCUUGUUGUUCUCUGAGGGUUGCAUUUUUUUAAAUUCACUUUUGCAUUGAUUGGUUUGAGGUAAAGCUGUAGUUUGCAAGCCUUCCUUGCCAGCAGGACCUCCUACCAGAAGAAAGCAGAGAAGGGGCCAGAUUAGAACUGCAUCAGAAGCAAGGCUCCCGCUUACUGGGAUAGCCUGAGACUGACUCCCACUCUGUAUGGAACCUGAAGUCUCUGUGAGGCAGCAUGAGGAGCACCCCUCAUGGGGGUGGGAGAUGGAGGGGAGGAGAUCGCUGGAAGUGCCCGGGCCAGAAUAAGCUCCCACAAACGGCAGAACUGGGAGCGUUUCUGCAGAUUUCAGGAUGCCCACCUUGGCACCAGCAUCCUUCUCAGCAACCAUAACAGUUCUUCCAAGGCUUUCUGCAAAGUACCAAGGUGUAGGCUGGGGCAGACAGCUUGCAAAAGGAGGAAGGUUUCUUUCCUCACCCUCUUGUCAUCCUCAGCUCCCACCGUAGCAUUCUCUGUGUUCUUCUCUGCAAAGACUCAGGUCUGAGAAAGACUCUAGGCUUCUCCUCCCCUUCCCAUCCCUCUUAAGAAGUAUCUCCUAGGCGGCCUUUAUAAAACCAUAAACUGUUAGUCUCAGGAGGGGGCCUCAGGGAGCAUCUUGUUUCACUGAACUUAGAGAGGCAGAGCAGGCUGGCCAACGUCACACAGCCCACUUGAAAUAGACUGGCCAUGAGCACCCAGGCCACCUAACCCCAAGUCCAGAACUGUUGUUUUUGUAGAAAACUUCCAGCCAGGUACACAAGUAUCCUGAAAAAGCUAAGUAAAAUGUCCUCACUCUAACAAAGCCAUCACUUUUAGACCUUUUAUUAGUCUUUAAUCUUAUCCUUAGCUCCUUCUAGAAUGUUCUUGACAUCUGUAAAAGCUUAUGUAUUGGUGACUUCUCUUGUGACAAAAUAACUGACAAAAACAACCUAAGAAAUGAGGGGGGAAGGAGGUGAGCUGAGGAUCAGAGUUCCAGGGUACCAUCUGUGAUAAACGGGGUGUGGGGGUCAUAGCAGCAGGAGCGUGAGGCAGCCGGUCACACUGUGUCCACCAUCAGGAAGCAAAGAGAGACGAACGCUGGUGCUCAGCCCACUGUCUCCCUUCUGUUCAGGUUGGGACCCCCAGCCCACAGAAGGGCACUGCCCAUAUUCAAAGUGGGCCUUGCCUCUUUCUGGAAAAACCCUCAGAGACACAUGCAGAGAUGUGUUUCCAUGCCAAUACUGAACACAGUCAAACCGACGAUGGAGAGGGAACAUCACAUCUUGCAUUUGACAUACGAGCAUUGUUCUUGGUCCAGGUGUCAUUCUCCUUAAGCAAGCCAAGGACUUGCUUAUAUUUAAACACAAUUCAGACUGUUUACAUAGCACAUUGAGUCAGGACAGCCAAAACCCUGGCUUCCCAACCAUUUUGAUUGGUGUCUGCCUCCCCUCCCAAAAAGAAUUGAGGCUUUUCUAAGGGGAAAGCUUUUGGGAGCUUGGGACAAUUCCAGAUUGAAGUCCCAAAGCUCCAUAGAAAGUGAACUGCUUAAUGAGCUCCCUGGUUCCAUUGGCAGUUCAAAAGUACAGAUGAUAAAGGUCAUAUGUGUGAUGUUUUAUGACCUAGCGCAUUGCACAGUCCUUGCCCAGAUGAGGUACCAAAGAAGAGCUGACCCAGAUGUGAAUCGUUUAUUUUAUGGGUCUAGACCUUGGUCAGAAGUCUCCACACACUGUUUCUCGCCUCCUAUAGCUUAUAACAGCCUUUAAAAUUUCUGCAGGCAAGAUGCCCAAGAGUCAUUCAGUUCAGGCUGGCAGGAAGUUGACUAUUUUAAAGAGGAAAAAAAAAAAGAAAGAAACAAAACAAAACCUAAUCUCAUAUGAGUGUGGGGGAAGAGACUGGAAAUGAAAGCUGAUGGGCAAGCCAUCCAAUCACUUGACAUCUUAAUUUUUUUUUAUUAUUAUUAUUUUUAAAGUGUGUGUGUGUGUGUGUGUGUGUGUUUCUUAUGUCCUUACCAUGUGACUGGGCAUAGAUCUGCAGGUGGAAAAAUAGUGCCCUUUGCUGCUGCUUUCCAAUGACAUUCUUAAGAUUUCUGAUGCCAUUCCCAUCCCCAUGCCUUUCUGCAUGAUGCAGACGCUCCCCAUCCCAGGAGACAUGCCCAGUCUUUUUCUCUUGGUGGCCUGACUUGAGUGUGUUGUAUCUUUGCUGUAGCACCUGUGCUGAGUCCUCAUGGAAAAUUUCUUAAAUUCUCUUGCAAUACUUUUUUCUUUUUCUUUCUGGAUCCCUGGUUAUCCCAGUGUUGGACCUCCCUGGCUCAUCCCCUCAUAUUUUUAUCUCUUAAGUCUCCCACUUCUGUUUUUACCUGCUUUCAGGGGGAUUUAUUCCAUCUUCUCUUCUCAACAUGAACGUUUUCUUUUGAAAUUCCUUCUUGUUCUCUGGGGUUUGUUGCAUAGCAUCCUGUCUUGGUUCAGGAGUGUCGGGUUUGGGUGGUUUUUGUUUUUGUUUUCUUUUGUUUUGUUUUUCGGCUGAUGUGUUAGAGUGUUGCCUGCUCUCAGAAUCGCCUUUGUUUCUUCUCUAUCCCAUUUCUCUUGGUUGGGCUGAGUUUCUGCCUUCCACAUUCUGAAUAGAUCUCCACGUCUAUUCACGUUUCAGGGUGAUGUGUCCAGGAGCUGGCAGGAAGCUCUGACAACCAUCUGGGGAGAUCCUUCUCUAGUGCCACCCAGUGGCACCCCCGGGAGCCUGCCAUAUCAGCAGUUGCAUGUUUCUUCUGGGGCUUAACUAGCGCUUUCUUACAGGUCUUCCCACCACUCCCCUGCUGGAAAAGAGGGACACACACGGCAAGGCUGCUGCUAGCCCCUGCAGUGCACUUGUGCACUCUUAGCGAUGGUGUCCCCUCUGGGCAGAGGCCACCAACCACACCCGUUUGGUUUAAUUGGCGGAGGACAGCUGUUUUCUCUUUCCCUGAGCAGAUACAGCCCUCAGCUAGGACAGAACAAAGGCUCUGGGUUUUAACUCCCACAUGCUCCCUUGGUCAGGAGCACAAACCAGAGGAUGAGACCCAGAAACCUCUGGGUACUGUGUUCUGGCCCUGAAGUACACAGUCUCAGGAAUUACUAUGUAACCUCCAGAACUUGCUCUUGUCUUGCUUAGUCUGUCCCUGGGUUGCAGUUUUCUUGUUCUCUGUGGGGGCAGGGGGCCCACAAAUCAGCACUGUACCUUACCCUACCUUCACCAUUCCACACCAGAAGCCCAUUUUAGGUGCCACAGUGGGUGGUUCCUCAGUGUUGCACCCUGCAGGCCCACGGCAUGAGGACCCUGCCUGGCCUCUUUCUCUGUUGGGUUCCCCUUCAGCUUUGUUUGGGUGGUGUCUGGCCUUUGACCUGUCCUUUCCUGCCCAUGACUGUGGAACUUCCUCUCCUUUGCAUUUAUUCCAACAGAUGUCAAACGUAAGUAAGCACCUAUGUUGUAUACUCCAUCCUUUGCUUACUUUUGCUGCUUUUUGUGUUUGUUCUUUGAGACAUGGUCUUACUAAAUAGUACAGGCUGGCCUUGAACUUUUGAUCCUCCUGCUCCAUUCUCCCAAGUGCUAGGUCACAGGCAUACACCACCAUGCUUGGCUUCUGUGUGGCAUCUUGAUCCAUAAAUGCCUCUGUGUUUUCUUGCUGGUUGAGUUAGGUGGCUCGCUACCCUGCUGACUUCAUUAUCAGCUUGUCUUGGAUGAAUCUUCUGAAGCCAUGAGAUGUCAAGGGUGGGAGAGCAUCAGGCAGCACAAGGAAGCUCUGUUUGCAGGUCAUGGCUCAGAGUGGUCCUUUUUCUCCUAUAUUUCCAGUUUUACCACCUGCUCCCACAGAAAACUUAAAUCUCCGAAAUCCUUACAAGACACAAGUCUAUGAGGUUACAUGGUUUCUAGCCCCACUGUGCCUGGCACCCAGCUCCCCACUGCCAGGAGAAUGUCCACACUGACAUUUGCCAGACAGCAGAUAAGGUUCUUCACCAGUUGGUGUCUGGAGUGUGGGGAGGAUUUUCCCCUAAAAGUGUGUGACUUUCCCUAGCUGUCGGUGACAGAGCCUGGGGGCUGCUGGACAGGUAUGACCUUGGAGGAGAAAUAUGCUCCAACACUCUAUAUCCAGGCCAGUGUUUCUCCACUGCUGGGCUCAGCCUAGAUCUAGCAGCGUUCACCUGCACUGUAAGCAGUGGCAUCAAGAGGGCAAGGCUUCUCCAAAUCAUAGUCUGGUGGCCUUGGGGGUCAUGUGAAGGUCUAAUACCUUCUUUAGAGAUGAAACUGAGGCAGAGGAUCAAAAGUGACUCUCCAGCUACAAUACCAGCACAGGCAAUUCAGUAAGGCAUUAUCUCAAAACAAACAAACAAACAAACAAACAGAAACAAAGAAAGCAAAAAUGAGGAAAGAUAGACUCAUCACCUUUGUAGCUAGUGACUUUGGUGUGGACAUUCCUUGCCACUGAAGGUUUAUAUGAAACUCCAGCCACCCUUAGUGAGGCCUCGGAACACCCCUGGAGCGCAUCUCACCAGUCAGCCAAUGAAUAGUGAGGACCCCUUGGAAGAACAUAAUGAGCCUGGCUUCCAUGGUGAGAGCUGUCUCUUUCUGUGGAUGUCACUUGCUUGAUGAAGUCAACUCCUUCCUUGUGAGUUCAUCUCUUCCUCAAACUGCAGAGGGCUGAGUGAAGUCUGAGGCCUAGCCUCCCUCUCCCUCUUGCUUGGAGACACUGUCCUUAGGAGUCUUCACUCAUUUUUCUGUCUGGACUCAGGAUGAGGCAAGUACAGUAUCCAGGAUCUGAGUAGCAGCCAAGUCUUCUAGCUUGGCCAUCAUCUAUGGUCCUGAUGAGGCAGCUGUUCUCAUGCGCCUUCCAGGACCUAGGCCGAGUGGCUGCAGAUUGUUAGUGCUAGGUUUGUUUUGUGUUUUGUUUUGUUUUUUUCUCAUUGGCCGAAAAUUGCUAUGGAGGUUUCCACCCAUUAGCCAACGUGAGACAGCCCAGAGUGACACAGAAAAGCCAUGCCUACACUGUGCCUCAUUCCCUGGAUUUACUGGACUAUGGCUUCUGCCAGCUUCUCUCUAGUCCCAGAUACCUUAUCGCCAGCUGCCCAGUCUUAAAUCUAGCAGCUUUUACAAGAGGAAGUGUUAAGCCAUUGUAUACUUGUAAACUCAGUUGGCCCUGCCAACAGUCCAGGGAAGUAUUUUCUUCAGGGAGGAUCAAAAGCACUGGAAAGAAUGAACAGGUGGCCACAGCUUAGAGCCAACAAGCUCCGACUUCUGUGAUGAACUUCACUGCUUAGAAAAACAGUGAUAACCUGCGGAGACUCUGGUUCUGAGGUAGCAGUCUAUUUGGGAGUUGUGGAUGGGUUUCUGAGUCAGCCCUUCCUUAUGAGUAUACCCUCUCUCUACCCCACCAAGUUUUGGUACAACUUGGCCCAACCUGUGUCAUAAGCUCUUAAAUCCCUCAGGAGCGCGUGAAAUCCACGGUUAACCUACAAACGCAAAUUUACAACAACAGCAACAAAAUGUUGGCCUCCAGCUUUGUAGCAGUAAAAUCUCAUCAUCCAAAAACAAACACACAGCCUCGCAGUCACUUCGGUCAACACCAUGUCCUGCCCCAAACUGCUCCCCCUCUCCCUCCAACACAUGUUUCUCAGAGAAAGAAUUCAGGUAUUCUUUCUCCUCUAAACAUAAACCUAGAGAAAGAAGCAUUUAGUGAAAAAUAAGGAUUGAAAGCCAGCCAUGGUGGUGCACACCUAUAAUCCUAGCACUGAGGAGUCUGGGGCAGGAAGGUUGCCAGCCUGGACCGGGGAGUAAAAUGCUAUCUCAACAAAACAAAACAAGACAAAUCAAAACAAUUGCCCCCCCACAAAAAAAAACCCACAAAAUAAGCUUUAAAAAGAUUUCUUUUAUGUGUGUGAAUGUUUUGCCUGAAUGUAUAUAUUUUUACUCUGUGUAUAGUGCCCUAGGAGUCCAGAAUGGGGUGUUGGAAACCCUGGAACUGGAGUUACAAAAAGUUUUGAGCCAAACCCAGGUUGUCUGUGAGAGCAGCCAGUGCUCUUAAAUCACUGGGCCAUUUCGAGAACCCUGCAAAUAAAUUUUUUAAAGUGUCAAAACAAGGGCAGAAGGCUGUGAAUUCCUUGGAUGCAGUCAUAAUCAACCUAUUACAUGGGACUCCUUUUUCUUUAAGUUUAAAAAUCAUGAACUUUGCAUUGUUAUUUACAAAAAAAGAAAAAGUAAUAGAAAAAUCUCACUUGUUUCAGCAAAUGCUUUUUUUCCAGGACAUCAAAAGUCAGUAGGAACUAAGACUGCAAGGCUGUGAGCAAAGGACAACCAUAGAAUGCCUGUGUCCUUAAAUGCCCCGUGAGGAUUGAGACAUGUUUUAAAGGAAAUUUGGGAAGUUCCCAGGUCUACGGCAGCCUCUGGCCUGGGAAUCACUCCCUGGCUCAGCCAUGGGCACUUUACCUCUCUGGCUAGAAGGCUGAAGGACCAAAAACAAAAGCCCUUUGGGUUUUAAAGUUCCAGGCUCAGCAAGGCAUCUCUUUGUUUUCAUUUCAGUGUAUGGCCUGUUCACUCCAUAAAUGCACUUGUGUAAAUGAAUAGACUGCCAAACUUUAGCGCUUGGUUUAGUGUCCGAGAAAGGUGCCUUGGGGAGAAGUUUGGUCAGCCAUGGGUAGCCUUACUGUUACAAGGUUUGGAGUAGAACUUGGGGAGCUCUAAGUCUACACCCCAGACAGUUUCUGGGUGUGUGUGGGGGAUUCUUUGAAAUGCAAAAAUUCAGCUGCAAGGAUAAUUAGGUAUAGGCGACUGCCUGGAUCUUUCCAUCACUCCCAGCCUUUCCCUCUUACACUAGCAAAGAGAGCUGUGUAGAGCAUCCUUGGGGAGGGAACGGUAUAGAGGUAGGGUCUACAGUAAAGGGUGAACCUGCCUUCUGCCCUUGAAGUUGGACCUAAGAUGCUACUACCUGCAUUAUUUACUUUUGUGAUGAUAACACCAGCCAAAGAGAAACAGGAAAAUGGGCUCCCAAGCGUUGUUGGGACAGGUUGUUUAGCCUGGAGACAGGACUGUGUUCAGAGUAUAGCCCCUGAGUACUGAUCAGUGUUUCAUUUUUUUCAGAGCCUGAGCUAUAGUUAGUAGACUUAAUGCUUUUUCAGUGGCAUUUUGGGGGACCUCAUGGCUUGUGCCUGAAAGUUGCAGAACUGCUGGGGACAAAAGAAAAAUGUUAUUUUGUGGUACAAGGAUUAUUUUUGUCUAUUUAGUGUGCCUAGCUAUAGCUUUAUUAAAACAAAGGGAUCUUUGUAAAAAAAAAAAAUGCUGUACGAAUAUGCGCUCUUAUUUAUUGAUUAUUGUAAAUGAAGAUAUAAAUGGAUAUUUGCAUAAUUUAUACCUGUGGGAAAGUCCCUGGAGUAUUUGUUACUUGACUGUUUUCUAUCAUGGAACAUUGGGCCUGGUGCUAUGAUGAAUGACCUUGUAAAAUCACAUGUAUUCUUAAGAAAAAUUUUCAAUAUAAAUUUCUUGAAGUGA